AAAGGUAGUGUAUAGCGUGAGUAUAAUUAUAUAGAUUUUAAAAUAUAUCAAUAUAUUUUAAAAAUGGCUCGUCAUCGGCAUAUUCGGGCUCUUGAUGUUGAUGAAGAAUAUGACGGUUUUUCAUCAUGCUAUGGACAUUCAGUGGAAGACGAUUUUUGCGUAUCCCCUGGUACAGAGGCUCAAUUUUUGUAUGAUCGUAGUAAGCAGAAUUCCUCAAUGGGUGCAUUCUUCGAUCAUCCUGAUGCUGUACUAGAGGAGGAUGACAGCGAAGAGGACAAUGCUGAGCCUCAUUCAGAUAAAAACCUAAAGCUCAGUGAUGAAGACUAUGCUAAACUCUUAUCUGUAAUAGAAGCUAUGCAAAAUGUAGUGGGUGACACCAUACCUGAAACUACUUUAAAGCAAGCAGCAUUAGAUAACAAUUUUGAUUUAGAAAAAUCAUUAAAUGCAGUUCUUCAAGAUAGUGCUCCCAAACCAAUGCGUGCAAACAGAGUUACUUCACAAAAAGCUUCGACACAAUCUACUGUUAAAAAGGUUGGUGAUCGUAAUGAAAGACUUUCAAGUAAUGAAGCAAUAUCCAGUAGCAAAUCUCCAAACAUCAACAGAAAAAAAGAUAAUGUUGACAUAAUGAAAAAUAAAACUGCAAAAAAUGAGCUUCCUACACCCCCAGAACUAGACACUUCUGCCAAAGAACUUUCUGAAAGAAAAAACAAGAUUCCAAGUGAACAGUCUGGUAAUGCUAGUGUAGCUAAAAGUGAAACUUCCCUCACAAAUGUACCGGAUGAAAGCACAAGUUUAGAAAACAGCUGUGAGGAACCCAAGCCUACUAUAAAAGCAAAAUCAGAGAAAAGUGGAAAAGAAAUAUAUGAGACUGAAAGAGGAGAUGCUAAACCUCUCAUAAAUCUUGUUGUUAUUGGUCAUGUUGAUGCUGGAAAGAGCACAUUAAUGGGCCAUUUAUUGUACAGGUUAGGAAAUAUAUCCAAGCAAAAUAUGCAUAAAUUUGAGAGGGAUUCUAAGAAAAUGGGAAAAGGCUCAUUUAUGUAUGCAUGGGUUCUUGAUGAAACUCCUGAAGAGAGAAAUCGAGGUAUAACAAUGGAUGUUGCACUUUCUUCAUUUGUAACUCCAAAUAAAUCUGUCACACUAUUAGAUGCUCCUGGCCAUAAAGACUUUAUUCCUAAUAUGAUCACAGGUGCUGCUCAAGCAGAUGUAGCUGUACUUGUUAUAGAUUCUACGAAAGGAGAAUUUGAAACAGGUUUUGAAGCUGGAGGUCAGACGAGGGAACAUACCAUGCUUAUUCGUUCAUUAGGUGUAACAGAAAUCGCUGUUGCUCUGAAUAAAAUGGAUAAUAUCAACUGGGAUGAGGAAAGAUUUAAUGACAUAAAAUCAAGAAUGUCAACCUUCCUGAAACAAGUUGGUUUUAAAGAAAAUGAUGUCGCAUUUGUUCCUUGCAGUGGCCUGACAGGUGAAAACCUCAUAAGUGGUCCACAAGAACCUAAUUUCAAGAAAUGGUAUUCUGGCCCAACUUUAGUUGAUGUCAUAGAUAAAUUUCGUAUUCCUGAAAGACCUGUUGACAAGCCAUUUAGAAUGUGCGUUAGUGAUGUUUUCAAAGGUGCCACUGGAGGAUUUUGUGCAGCUGGAAAAAUUGAAGGUGGAUUCGUCAAAGGUGGUGAUAAAGCCUUAGUUAUGCCAGCUGGGGAACAGAUAGUGAUAAAAGGAGUGUCAUCGGAUGAAAGGUCUCUUACUUAUGGAUUUGCGGGUGAUCAUGUUGUGUUGCAGCUUCAAGGGAUUGAUCCCAACAACAUAUCUUCAGGAAGCAUGAUAUGUAGUAUUGAGAAUCCAGUGAAGGUCACAAGUCGCUUUGAGGCUCGCCUAGUCAUUUUUAAUAUUAGUAUUCCCAUCACUAAAGGCUUCCCUGUAAUACUUCAUUACCAAAGCUUGAGUGAGCAAGCUAUUAUUACAAAACUAAUAUCGCAGCUGAAUAGGAGCACUGGUGAAGUGGUCAGGAAAAGACCUAGAUGUUUAUCUAAAAAUAGUAGUGCCAUUGUUGAAAUAGAAGUCAAUAGAAUAAUUUGUCUAGAACUAUUUAAAGAUUUCAAAGAUUUGGGUAGAUUUAUGUUAAGGUCUGGUGGUUCAACUGUAGCUGCUGGUUUAGUGACAGAAAUCAAGUAGCAUUAAAUCUUUUGGUUAAUGCUUAUUGAAAUGAAUACCUGGCGAUAACCAUACUCAUUUGAGUACAUUUGGAUAUUUUGUAAUAUAUUUAUAUUAUUCAAUUGUUACAUUUGCAAAUAUUUUGCAUCAAUAAAAAAAUAUUAAAAUCUUG